GCCGGACAAAUGGGAAAGAAAGCCGAGGGGUGGUGGUUGUGCGCUGGGAUCCGUGGUACAUGACCAGGAGCGCGACGGGAAGAAAGAAAAAAAAAGACGAUAAACAAAUAAAUAAACGAAAAAAAGGGCAGCGACUAAACUCAAAAUUGCGUCACGUCUCGGGUCUUAUUAUCGCGAUGAUGUAGGUGAAGAAAUGAGAUAAGGAACAACGCCAGUCGGGACUAUAUGCAAGAUGCAGGGCCUUUUUUUUCUAGUUUCUUCAUCGUGUCUUUCCGUCAUCAGACUUGUGCAUUGAAUCGCGAGUCUUAA